GACCUACCUGAAAAAGAAAUAUGUUUUCACAUUUGUACAAGUUGCAGAGCAUGAUAUGAUGCUACUUUGUGAAUUCUUAUCUUUACUCUUUUCUUUAUAAUUUGUGGCUUUUGCAGAACAUCUGUAAAGUUCUGGAACUGAGAAUAAAAUUAUUCAAGCUCAAAUCAAAGCAGAAACAGAUUACACUGUUAAGAUAUCUGAAGGAUAAUUAAAGUUUUUUUUGCAAAAUGAUCUCCUUUUUAUAGGACAAAGAAGCAAGAUUACAAUUUAAUGUGCUUGAACUUGACCGUGUGAAAAAUGUCUAAUCAAUUAAUUUUCUGUUUUUGUGUCCUUCCUGCUGACCGCUGCUGUUCUGGGACGAUUAAAAUCAGGACAGCAGCAGCGAUGGACGCCUCAGCCCAGAGUGGAGGAGCGGGCGGCGACGCAACGGCGAGGAAACCAGCGCCGAAAAGGAAGGCAGGCAAAAAAGCAAGGAAAGCCAAAAAGGCCAGAGUGUCCCAACCCGCAUUCACCAUCCAGCAGGGCGAAGACAUGCUUCUCUACAUAUCCAAUACUUCGUCUCAGUCUGAAGGCUUGCUUUGGACUAGCAGGAGGAAAAAAGUUCUUAAAGCAAAGUUGCUUAAGAAUCAGAAAAAGAAGAAAAAAACAGUCUGUCCUAAAUCUAGACUGGAAAGGAAAGCAGUGAAGGAGGAAGAAGACAACAGAUUUCCUGAGGAGGACAGGUGGGGACAGCUUUUACCUGAGGAGGUGCUGGUCAACAUCUUCCAGAUGUUGGUUGUUCAGGACGGCGCGGUGCCUUUCCUAUGCAGGGUCAGCAGAGUCUGUCGCCUGUGGAACGCCGCCGCUGCCACUUUGACUCUGUGGAGGAAGGUGGCGGUAAGUCAAUGCUGGAUCCAACCAGCGAGAGGUCAGACCGAGAAGACCUCAAACAGGAUAAAGGAGACAUUUACCUGGCUGGCCCAAAACAGAUUCUCCCAGCUGCGUGACUUCACUCUCUGUCACUGGGCAACCAGCGUUGACUUUGCUUUAGAGACUGUCUCAGAGUUUUGUCCUCACCUGCGUUCAGUCCACCUGUCUUACUGCAGAGGUAUGACAGGCAGCGGCCUGCGCAGCUUGGGCCUGCACAGCCGCACCCUGCAGCGCCUCAACCUGCAGCAUUCAGAGUUUCAGGUGGAGGGACUGGUGGACUUCCUGGAGGAACAUGGGAAGCAGAUUAGGCAGAUGCUCUUCACCCGCAGCCACAGGAAUGACAAAGUCCUGGCAGCAAUUGCUAAAGGAUUUUGUCCUGAUCUGGAGCUGCUGGAAGUUAAUAAGAAGCUGGACAGUAAAGACACAGAACUGUCUGUUUGCUUUCAGUCGCUACAGAAGGCCUGUCCCAAACUGAAGAUUUUCCGGAUGUUUAACAUCCAAAUUCAGCACAAGGCGAUGCGUAAAAGAGACGAGUCAGAAGCCGGAUUCCCGCUGCUGGAUGAGUUUUGUAUCGCCAAUACAGAGUAUUCCUACAUAACUGACCAGGUUCUGCGGGACGUUCUGUUCGGCUCCACCAGACUGCGAGUGCUGGACCUACGAGGCUCCACACGGAUCACGACUUUUGGUCUGGCCCAGUUACCGUGUUCAAAGCUUGAGUGUUUGUUCUGGGGUCAAUAUUUUACUAAAAACAUCGGAUUCACGUCAGUGAAGAAGAACCUUCAGCUGCUGAUGGAGAAGUGGGGUCCGACGCUGCAGCAGCUCGACAUCACCAAUCAGCCAUUUACCGAGGCCGACCUGGAGGUGGCGCUGACGUUCCUCACUCAGGUUGCUGAAGCUGACACGCUGCUCUCGUUGAACCUCAGUGGCACCAAGAUAACAGCGCAGGCUCUCAGGCCGGUCAUCGAACAAAUGACGGCUCUGGGCUACCUCAAUCUCUCAUCGUGUCGCAACCUUCCAAGAGGAGUGAAAAAGAUUUACCGCAGCCAGGAAGAAAUCCGUGAGCUGUUGGCCAAUCUGCACUGAGUCUCUUAUUCAGCUGAACAUUUGGUGCUUCGUGCCUUUGAUAAUGUUGGAGAACUGAGUUUUCUUUCUGAUUCUUUUCUAAAUGUUAAAAAAUUAAAGCUGUUCCAGAAGGCAUGGGAGGUGGUAAUAAUAAUGCAUUUUAUUUAAAAUACCCUUUAUGUAUCAAAUUGAAAUAACAAAGGGCUCAUUACAGGGCGAGCUCCCACCAAUACUGCACUCACUUCACUCAUGCGUCUGGCUUUAUUCCCAACACACUCCGGUAGGAAGCGGUUCAGACCUAUGGGCUCCUGGGCUUGGAUCAUUUUUAUUUGAAAAUAUUUUUAAUACGUUUUAGAAUGUCUGACCAAUUUUUUAAUAAUUCCUCGUAACUAAAACAUUUUACAAGUGAAAAUAAAAUGUGUUUCUA